CUAAUGUCAACAACCGCCGAUGCAGGGAAAUAGGCCAAGUGUGUAGCCUGUCAGGGAACACACGCGAACCAACAUGUUUAUACUUACUGAUAUUUUUACAAUGUUGUUGUGAACUCUCUAGUGAUAUAUCAUAGUGAUAUAUCAUUGCAAUGAAGAAAAGGAAAAUUGAAUAUUGUCUUUAACGGAAGAAACCUCCUUUAGAACAGGUCCAACAAUCGAUUGAAACAUAGACGAUGGCUGCUAGCAAUGCAAGUUCAGCGGAAAAUGGAACAGCAAGUAGUACAGUUUCCACGGAUAAUAACUGUUCCGCAAAGUUGGUGUUUUUGGUGAUUUUCAUGGUGAUUGGACUGUGUGGAAACGUCGUGUUAAUCAUAACACUGGGCUGCAAUAAAAAGCAACGCAAGUCCGCUCUUCAAUUGUUUUCACUCAAUUUGGCAUUUGUCAAUUGCUUAGACUGUUUCUUUAACAUGUCAUUUGCUUUGGCCUCUGCCACUGGAUCUGUCUCAUGGAGCAGCGAAGACUUCCUUUGUCGCCUCAAUUCAUUUUUCAUGAAUCUUAUUUGGAUUGAAACCAUUCUUGGACUGAUGUUCAUGACUUUGGACCGGAUGAUGGCUACCCGCCACAGUGAUAAAUAUGAACAAUUUCAGAGUAUGCCGCGAUUCAUUAUCAUGUUGAUUUACACUUGGGUACACUCCAUUUCAUUCAGUGCUCCCUUGCUAGCUGGUGCAAUAGAUGUCGAUGUUUACAAAAAUGUGCAAGUGUGCAUGAUGGCAAAUAAUGUGUCUAUCAUUUACACCCUAAUAAUGGCUCUUGUAUGUUUCCUCAUUCCCAUCAUUGUUUCACUCAUUUUCUUUACACUUGCAAUAAAAGUUUCAUGCUCAGAACAUUCAAUCCAUGCUAUAAGAAGCCAAAACCAAUAUUCGAAAGAAGUCGAAGAACCAAAGUUAUUGAAGGAACUUAAUGGUGCAAAAUAUACAGGCAUUCUUCUUUUUCUUUGGAUUAUAAUGGAAGUACCUUACAUUGGUGCUCAGUUGAUACGAAUGUUUCGAUACAGUGAUGAUUUGAACAUUAAUAGUAGUUUUCAAAUUCCUAACUCAUACUCUGUUGAUGUCAGUCUGGUCUGGAUCAGGUUUGCAUUUGUCCUUGUUCUGCCUAUUUUGGCACUUCUGUGGAAAAAAGAGCUUUGGCAACUCUUUAAAAAUAUCAUUCUGUGCAGGAAGUCUAAUCUCAUUGUAGACUUGGAGUUAAAAGUUGAAAACCCCCCAAGUCGUGAAAAGUUGGAUCUCAAAUAUAGUGAUGAUAAAAAACAAGUGAAAGAAGAAAAAAUGAAGGAGGCAUUUGUGCAUAAUUCUGGUUUUCAAGUCCCUGUACUCUUUGCAACGUCUCGAGGAGUACAUAUCCAAACAGGUUCGGAUGAAGAGUCUGAUUAUGAUGAGAUUAAAAUCCGAGGAAAAAAAUGUGAUGUAUUGGGAUCACAGGGUAACCUCCAGGGGUAUGAGUAUGAAACAAGUGAUUAUGACUCCAGUAAUGAAAUGGACCCUUUCUCUGUGUCUCAUCCAAUCUCAGCCAGGAAAUCGGGAGAUGUCCAUCCAAGUCUUCAGAAGAGAAGCAGUUCACACCCUGAAGUUGGAAAAUCCAACAACAAAGUAGGAAAACCAGCCUCAGUGACUGCGACAUCAGCUGCAGAUUCUGGAUUAGACAUGAGCAAUAAUAAUUCAUCAACAAAAGACACAAGCUCAAGCCAACAAACACUGGAGAAAGAAAAUGUACCACUAGCAGAAAAAGAGAACGCUGAAGGACAUGAUACUGAAAUGUCUCCUCAACAACCAGACUCAGAAAUUACCAGUGAGUCUAUACCUAAACAAAGUGAUGAAAUCAUUAAUACCCAAGAAAUACUCCCAAAAGAAAUUCUCAAGCUUCAUAACAAUGAAAGUAAUGAUGAAAAGGAUGUGAAAAAUUGCUCAAACACAGACAGUCUAAACCUAAAGAGGCCUAAUAAACUUGAGCCAAUACAGAGUCCAUUGAAAACCAAGAACAAUUUCCAAGGAGAACCACUGAGUGUGUUAGAAAAAGGGAAUGAAAUGAGCCAAGUGGCUGGGAGACAUCAAUUAUAUGUCAAGUUACCCAGUUUGGGAUCUGAGAGUAAAGAAAGCCAAGAAUCAGCGAGAGAUGAGAGCCAAGAGGUCAUGACCCCUAGUGGUUGUAAACUGAUAGAUGUUCCAGAGGUCAUGACCCCUAGUGGUUGUAAACUGAUAGAUGUUCCCGAGGAUUUUCAGAUGUCUCAAAAAGAAACACAGUGAAAUCAUCAAAACUAGGGAUAAUGCCGUAUACAGACACCAUUCAACUGUACAAGGCAUUUAAUCACAAUUAACCGAGGUCGAAGUCCGAGGCCAAUAGUCGUCGUCGUCAUCAACGCUACUGUUUCCUUUACAUCAGUAUAUAUCCUACAUGCUGCCAAAACUACUGUAUUAUUGCAAGGAACAAUCGCAAAUAACUUUUUUCUUCUUCUAAAAACCAUGUCAUAUUCAUGUAUUACACGUUCGUUGUAUCGGUUAAAGAAUUUCGUUUUUUUCAUUUUUCCCCAUUCAUAUUCAGAAAGAAUUGGCGUACACGUAUUUGUACCAAAGUUCAUUUCUUUGUCAUAAUUUUUUUCCCGUCCAUGAUUUAAAACCUGGUGCAUUGCAUUGUUGAAAACCUUUGUUUGUGACAAAGAUAAUUUACAAUUCGUCCAUCUAUUACAAAUUUCAAAAUGGUUUUAAGAUGAUUUUAUAUGGUCAUGCAUUUCUGUGAUGAAUAGAUUUAAAAAGGCAAACUUUUUCAUGGUAAGAAUUGAUGGAAAGAUUUUGUCCUUUUUUUAACCAGCAAAUCGAUUAAUGCAUUCAUUCUGAUGUCGUGAUGCAUUUGAUGAAUUUUCUCCUUCUCAGAUUUUAAGUCCAUUUGUACUGAUAACAUAAUCCAGUGCUUAUUGCUAUUUAUUUAUUUGUUAAUUAAUUUAUUCAUUAACAUAUUUAUCGGUUGAAACAUAUUUUGUCAUUCAUUUAACCAUACUUUCGAUGUUUGUUUUCCCAGAGAAUAAUUCUCUUCUUAUUUUGGUGUUGUGUUGUACAGGUUAAUAUAUAGGUACUGUGUUAUAUAAUACUCUAUAAAAAUCUGUAUUGAUUUAACAAAUUAUUCAUGUAGAAGAUUCUGAUCAUCAAGGCGAUGUCCAUCCACUUGAUACUUAUAUCAUGUUUCUUGUAUAUCUCGCAUUGAUUUUAGUUUCAUGUGUGUGCGUGCCAUUAUUUGCAUAUUACCUUUCCUUUUACAACUGUAAACCACUCUUUGUAUUUUAUCAGAUGUACACAAUUAUUGUGAAACCGUCCCAUAAUUUUUUUUUUACAAAGUUAUAUUUGGAUGUAUUAAUAUUUUUGUAAGCAUACUGUUAUUAUAUAUGUAUGAAGAGCGUAUUGCGCGCGCACCUCUU